AUGUUUAGAGCCAUGAGCACCAGGAAAGUCCACGGCGGCUACGAAAAGCUCGUGGAAGAUGAACCGAAGUUGAAGAGGGUCACGAGCGUUCCGGCUAGUGUUUAUGGUAAUUCAAGAAACCCGGUUCAAGAGGAGGUGAAGAAGACACCGACGGUGAAACCAACCGGUGGUUCUGUUCAUCCCUUGCUAAGUUUCUUCGACGUACGUUUUCAGAAGAAGAAGAAGAAAACCAAGAAGAGUUUGGCCACGGCGAAACCAGAGUUUGCGAGGUAUAUGGCGUAUGUUAAGGAAGGAGGUGUGUGGGAUCCUAAUUCUAACGCACCCGUGAUUCAUUACAGAUAG